UUCCAUCCUGAAUUUCUUGAGACUCCAUUUCCUUUAGAACCAUUGGCCAAAACCUUUAUUCCUUGGAUGCCUGGUGUGCUGUAUUUCUUCAGGUGCUGGAAAGACAAACUCCUCCUUCCUGCAUGAGAUGUAAAGUGCUUCGAGUUAGAAAAUGACAUCCACUAGAUAGGAUGUUUUGUGUGUGUGUGUAUGUUUGCUAAACAGGACAAAAAAAAAUGACAAGUGGUGGGUGGGAUUCCUGAUCAUUCUCCAUUCACAAAAUAAAAUGGGCGAGGAGGAGCAGCUGAGAUGAGGGACACAGCAGUCAGCAUGAAGGGAGCCCCCAGCUCUCUGUGGUGACAGCUCCCUCCUUCUCCUGUCAGAACAUAACUGGUAAUGGUAGUGGAGCUCUGUGGGAUGGGAGGCACCUCCCAAGAGUUGGCUGACAGGUAGGAGCUCCUACUCACCCACCAACCUAACCCAGCACAGAAGCUGCCAAAAAAGCAGGCAGGACCCAGUUGCUCCAGGCUCUCCCUUGUUCCCUCUCACCAGAACAGCAGCAAGUGGAAGAAGCCUCAAGAGGAACAGCUGGGAUGAAAGCAGCUUUGAAGUUGUCGAUGAGCGCCCCGCCGGUGAUCCGGCCGCCCAGUCCUUCGCCGCCGGGCAGCAAUAGCAGCAGCGGCGGCGGCGGCAGCGGCAUCUCUUUCCACCUCCAGAUCGGCCUCAGCCGGGAGCCGGUCCUUUGGCUCCAGGACUCUUCGUCGGGGGAGUUCAGCCUGGCCCACGUCCGGGAAAUGGCUUGCUCCAUCGUCGAUCAGAAGUUUCCCGAAUGUGGCUUCUAUGGGAUGUAUGAUAAAAUCCUACUUUUUCGACAUGACCCUACCACUGAAAAUAUUCUCCAGCUUGUCAAAUCAGCUACUGAUAUUCAAGAAGGUGAUCUUGUUGAAGUUGUGUUAUCAGCAUCUGCAACAUUUGAAGACUUUCAGAUUCGACCACAUGCUCUCUUUGUGCAUUCGUACAGAGCACCUGCAUUCUGUGACCACUGUGGAGAAAUGCUUUGGGGUCUUGUACGUCAAGGACUUAAAUGUGAGGGAUGUGGGUUAAACUAUCACAAGAGAUGUGCAUUUAAAAUCCCAAACAACUGCAGCUGUAUCCGGAAGAGACGGCUUUCAAAUGUUUCCUUAACAGGACUUAGUAACAUCAGAACGGUGUCUGCAGAACUCUCACCCACUACUUCAGAUGAAGCUCUCCUGAUCCCAACAAGCCCCAGCUUUGAGCAAAAAUCACCGCCUGAGUCAUUUGGAAGAGAGAAGCGGUCUAAUUCACAGUCUUACAUUGGUCGUCCUAUUCAGCUCGACAAGAUUUUGCUUUCCAAGGUUAAAGUGCCUCAUACGUUUGUGAUCCAUUCAUAUACACGGCCAACAGUUUGCCAGUACUGUAAGAAGCUACUCAAAGGACUUUUUAGGCAAGGUCUGCAGUGCAAAGAUUGUAGGUUCAACUGUCACAAACGUUGUGCACCUAAAGUGCCAAAUAACUGUCUCGGGGAAGUGGCCAUUAAUGGAGAUCUGCUUAGCCCUGGUGCGGAGUCUGAUGUGGUCAUGGAAGAGGGAAGUGAUGACAAUGACAGUGAGAGAAACAGUGGCCUGUUAGAUGAAAUGGAGGAGUCUAUUGCCCAUGAUGCAGAGAUGUCUAUCAUGAACCAAAAUGACAAUGGAGAAAUGCAAGAUGGUGAUCCUGAUCAUGAUGAGAGCAAUAGAAUGAUCAGCCCUUCAACAAGCAACAACAUACCAUUAAUGAGAGUGGUACAAUCUGUCAAACACACAAAAAGGAGAAGCAGUGCAGUGAUGAAAGAGGGAUGGAUGGUUCACUAUACAAGCAAAGACACUCUGAGGAAACGACACUAUUGGAGAUUGGACAGCAAAUGCAUUACACUUUUUCAAAAUGAUACUGAAAGCAAAUACUACAAGGAAAUUCCGCUGUCUGAAAUUUUAUCCCUGGAACCAGCAAAAACCUUCGAUUUAUUACCACAGGAAGCAAAUCCCCAUUGCUUUGAAAUAACCACAGCAAAUGUAGUAUAUUUUGUUGGGGAAAAUGUUGAAAACCUGCCAAGCAUUUCAUCUAAUAACAGCGUUCUGACAAGUGGUUGUUGCCUGGAUGUAGCAAGGAUGUGGGAAAUGGCCAUCCAGCAUGCACUCAUGCCUGUUAUCUCAAAAGGGGCAUCCACUGGUUCAGGUCCAAGCUUACACAGAAAUAUAUCCAUCAGUAUUUCAGUGUCAAAUUGUCAGGUCCAAGAAAAUGUGGAUAUCAGUACAGUGUACCAAAUCUUUCCAGAUGAAGUACUGGGUUCGGGACAAUUUGGAAUCGUUUAUGGAGGAAAACAUCGCAAAACAGGAAGAGAUGUAGCAAUUAAAAUCAUUGACAAACUGAGAUUUCCAACUAAGCAAGAAAGCCAACUUCGUAAUGAGGUUGCAAUUUUACAGAAUCUGCAUCACCCGGGGGUUGUAAAUCUGGAAUGCAUGUUUGAAACACCAGAAAGAGUGUUUGUUGUUAUGGAGAAGCUCCAUGGAGACAUGUUGGAGAUGAUCUUGUCAAGUGAAAAGGGAAGGUUGCCAGAGCGAAUAACCAAGUUUUUAAUUACACAGAUCCUUGUUGCUUUGAGACAUCUUCAUUUUAAAAACAUUGUUCAUUGUGAUCUCAAACCAGAAAACGUAUUACUGGCAUCAGCUGAUCCUUUUCCACAAGUGAAGCUUUGCGAUUUUGGUUUUGCCCGGAUCAUUGGAGAGAAAUCGUUCAGACGUUCGGUUGUGGGUACACCAGCCUACCUUGCUCCUGAAGUCCUGAGAAACAAAGGGUACAAUAGGUCAUUAGAUAUGUGGUCCGUGGGGGUCAUUAUCUAUGUCAGCCUUAGUGGUACAUUUCCAUUCAAUGAAGAUGAAGACAUUCAUGAUCAAAUCCAGAAUGCUGCUUUUAUGUACCCACCCAACCCCUGGAAAGAAAUCUCCCAUGAAGCUAUUGAUCUCAUAAAUAAUUUGUUGCAAGUGAAAAUGAGAAAGCGCUACAGUGUGGACAAGACAUUAAGCCACCCGUGGCUACAGGAUUACCAAACCUGGCUAGAUCUACGUGAGCUUGAGUGUAAAAUAGGAGAACGUUACAUCACCCAUGAGAGUGAUGACUCACGGUGGGAACAGUAUGCAGGGGAAAAUGGAUUGCAGUAUCCAGCACACCUUAUCAGUUCAAGUGCUAACCGCAAUGAAAAUCCUGAGCCAGAGGAAGCAGAGUUGAAAGCCCUCAGUGAGCGUGUCAGUAUCCUUUAAAUUGCAGCCCUUGUAAUCUGUCAAAACACUGUGGAACUAAUAAAUACAUACGGUCAUGUUUAACAUUUGCUUUGCAGAACUGCCAUUAUUUUCUGUCAGAUGGGAACAAAGCUGUUACACUGUUACCACCAUUGAUGUAUGGGAGUUGCCAAGACAAAUCAACAGAAGCAUUUAAAAAAAAAAAAUUGUGUGAGCAACUGUGUUAUAUUAACAAAAAGUUCUCAGAAACACUCAACCUGUUGUUGUGGAUGAUUCCUGUUGUAUGCUGAGUAUUCAAACCUAUUUCCACUGUGCCUUUUCAGAGAAGUGUUUCCUUUACUCAAGUCUCAUUUUGUAAGACAAAACAUCUCCAGGCAGAUCUCUGCUUUUGUGUUCAUUAUUAAUUGGUAUUGUAUUUGUUUGCAAACUCUUGAAGAGUAGAUUACUAAUGCUGUUCUGUGAACAACUUUUAACAUUUUCAAUAAAGUUGGGGAUUUCUGUUUUUUUGUUUUGCUGUGGAACAAUAUAUUGUGAUAUUGAUGCAAAAAGCAUGGGGGAAAUUGUAAAAAAAGACACAGAAUUGUACAGAUGCAGACCAGACACCCCUCUGUGAUGAGCAUUUGAAUGAACGCACCGGCCAAUGAAUCACAUUACUCAGUCAUGGAAGGUGCAAAAUGUUAAACCUAAAUGCCUUAGUAAUGUACAUUGUAGCCCUUAUUGGUAGUUUAUUUCCUUGUUCUUACAAUAUCCUGCUGUAACAUGUACACUUAGAAGCUAAAAAUCAUAUUGCCUUUAUGUAUGUUUUGAAUAAAAUUCUGCUUAAAAGAUAUGUUUUGAUGUUGAAAUACUUUAUACCAAUCUUAAGAAUUUCCAAGUUUGGAGCAAGAGCAUUGGUAAAAAUAUUAACUAAUAUAAAUCAUUUUUAAAUAAUAUGGUCCAAUGAUUCUAAAUUAUGUUAGUGGUAACACCAGUAAUGGUGUUCAUACCAUUAAUGUCUGAUUUAAAAAAAGUAACAGUGGAUGAAAAAUUAACAUUAGAACUGCAGUUUUGGAUAGCAGUGCUGAGAACACAUGUCUUGGAAAUAAAUCCAGUUCAUCUAUAUAACUUGAUACCUGGUUAAGUAGAUAGGUGGAUAGAUAAUUUGUUAUUUUAAUUACCAGGUUCAGUGAAGUUAUUUCUUGAAUAUUCCUGAUGACUCACUCGGGGUCACAAAAUGUGUUUUCAAAUUCAGAUCAUAGUUGAUGUCUAUGUAAUGUUAAGGCAGGUUACUAUAAUAUGUACUAUUGUAUAUUGGCUGUAGUACUCCCCUGAUGACUCAUGGAGUCUGUACAGAUCACCCUCUAGCAAGUUGUGGCUCUCAGGCAGUAUAUUAUGCUAAUUUUCCAGGCUCUGCAAGGCUUCCUAAAGAAUUGAUUCAGAUUUGCAUGACUGUAUUCUCAGUUACUUGCUUGUGCUAAGAAUGAGCCAUCACACAUCUGAGAACACAGAAAUAUGUGAUCUCCUCAAGGCAAUGCUUUUUAUUAAUAGCUCUCAAAUCAUUUGCUACAUGUAUAGACUAAUAUCUGUAAAAACAUCAAGUGAUAGAUAUGCAUAGCUCCUUCCAAAUAUCUGUUUAAAGCAAAUUUUUAUAAAACAAGUGUAUGUUGCAUUUACACAUGUUAUGGAAUAUAGUCAGAUGGAUGUCUGGGAAAGGAAGGUCAAUAAGAUUGAUGUCUGCAUGUGGCUGUGUACGUACAUAUUAUAAAAGUUGGAUGUGCCUCUGCUUAUUGUAUAAAAUCACAGAUCAACCAUCAGUGGUAGGAAUUAAACGCAAAAUCCUAUUGGGUAGUUACAAAUGCAUAAUCUAGAGUCACACACUUGUGACUGUUUCAUGUUCAUAAUCCCUACAUGGCCUAGUUUUGGGGAUGCAUAGGCAUAGUGACAUUCUCCAAUCCUCACUUACUGGACAGCAGCCCCUACAACUGAGGGAGUCUGCUCACCUGUCAUCCAGAAAGCAGUAGGUGAUGGUCCCAAUCUCCCUUGCAAGAAUGAUCACUGGCUUGAAGAGGAAUUGCAGUAGGGACCUGUUUCUGCUUGUUGCAAUAAAGACUGUUCACAUUAGGAAGUGGCAUGUCACUAUAAAGAUGGUGCUUGCUCAUGUGAAACUCUCCAACAAGAUUCUGUUUUUUUGUUUUUUUUUCUGAGAAGGGAAUCAAAGGAAGUAGCUUGCCCACCAGGACAAAGUGAUGUAUAAUUAAAACAGCAAUAAAACCAUACAUUAAAAACAGGAGAUCAUAAUAGCAAAAUAAAAGCAGUAAUGUGACUUUUUUAAAAAAAGGAGUAACAUUAUCAAAGGCUCAAAGGAACAAUACAAGUUUUGCUGCUAGUUAAAAACAUGUUAAAGAUGGAGCCAACCUGACUUCCCAUUGGGAGGACUUCCAUAUUCAGGAUGCUGCUAUAGGGAAGAGCCCUUAUCCCUUGUACCCACCAACUUAUACUUUAGGUGGUAGGACAUAGCAGAGGGCCUCUGAUGGAGAUCAUAAAAUUACAGUUAGCCCUUCACACUCAUGGACCUGGCAUUCGCGAAUUUGAUUAUUCAAACAAAACAGCUUCAUUUAUACACCACUUCAUACUGAACUAACAGUG